UCUGGCAUUAUCUGUCGUUACGACGGACGACGUUAUCAAUUUGUUAUAUUAUUUAUCUUUGGAUUGUAGGCAAUUUUAUAAUUAGCUUGUGAAAUAAAUUGAAGUUUCGCCAUGUUAGUUUUAUAACUAGGCCAUUUCCGAAUUACUCUAUAACAAAUGGCUGAGAAUGGAAGGUACAUUAUGGGGGGAUUAUUCAUUCUCUUCCUUGCUUUUUCUACCCGUGAAAUGCUAUCAGGCAAUCCUUCUAAUGAAGUAUCUUCAACCAAAGAAAUUCCAAAAACAAGUUUUAAACAUGCCUUUACUGGCCCUACAUUGAAGGUUUUGUAUUGCUUUUCCUGAGGUUACAAACGUGUCUUCGAGCAGUAUGCUUCAAUACUUCAAGAAAAGUAUCCUGGAAUUACCAUUCUCGGAGACACGUAUCCUCCUCCUCCAUUCCGCAUGUAUUUAGCAGGCCUGAUUGGAAUCUUAAAGUGGUCCAUCAUGGGAAUGGUCUUAGCAAAUUUUAAUAUUUUUCCUCAUUUAGGAUUAAAUACUCCAAGAAUUUUUGAAUGGAUGACUCAAAACAAGUUAUAUGCUUGCUUGAUGACUUUCUUUAUAAGUAACACGAUAGAAGGCCAACUUAUUUCAACUGGAGCAUUUGAAAUUAUUUAUAAUGAUGUGCCUGUAUGGUCCAAACUUGAAACUGGUAGAUUACCUGCACCUCCUGAGCUUUUUUCUAUUAUUGAUGAGAAUUCAUAUUUUAGCAAUUCAAAUCCAUCUUCAUUACAGUUAUAGCGCUCUUACUAUAAACUUAGUUUUGUAGGUCUUCCUGUGUAUCCAAUGCUUCAUGGUCAGAACAUUAAUGACGUCUCUUGCACAAAGCAUAUUCUGUCCGCAAGAAACUGAUGCCUAGGAUUUUGGUUUUGAAGUAAAAAGAGAAGCAGGUGGCCUGCAAAUUUAAGAUUUUAUUUUCAGGAGAUGUCUAGAGUUGUUUAUUAUUUGUAUUGAAAUAUAUGUUUUUGUUUAUAUAAUCAAGAAAAUCUGUCUUGAGCAUUAUUUAUUAUAAUAAAAUAUCAUUUUAAAAAUAA